CCCCGUCUCUCUCUCUCUCUCUCUAACUUGCUUCCACUCUGCUUUCCUUUCCUAUCUUCUUCGUCUCAUUUAUCUGUAAUCCGAUACGAUUACGAGUCUUCUCUCUCUCUCUCUCUCUCCUCGUGUCGGUCAAAUUCUGUUUCUGACCGCAGUUCCGUUGUCGGGUAAUCUUAGAUUUGUCUUUAAACCCUAGCAGUAGCAUAAGCGUCGUGUUCGGGCGACUCCGAUUCAACGUUUGUGGACCGCUUGGCAUUGUCCCGUUGGAGGUGAGCUUCCAGUGACCGAUCUCUGAUCUUCGCAGCUCAGGAGCUUCAGUUAAUCUCGCUUCUCUGUUGUGACACGCUUAAAGCUUGUGUCUUCGAUACAUGGUACCGUGAAAUUAGCUUGGUGGAGUGCUUUCCGGCCAUCUUCAAGUCGGCUGUAUUCCUUGCUGCCUUGUUGGACGAGACUCUGACUGCGACGUUGGGUUAAAAGCUUCGAUCUUUUUGCUGCUACACGAGCUACAGAAUUUUGACCCCGAAAACAGAAAAUUUGUGAUUGGAGAAGUGCCUUCUUUGCGUGUCAUCUGUUCGCUAUCCAUCUUGGCUUCUUAUGAAGAGGAUUUGAUCGUCUGAUUUGGUCAGAAACUUCUUCAUUUUGCUGUAAAUGUCGGUAGAGAGGUCGUUUGAAGCAUGGGAGGAGGUGCAGCGGCAUGGGCAAGACUUAGCGGACCGGCUUGCGCAGGGCUUCACCGGUUUAAUCCAGUCUCACAUGGCGCCUCCUCCAUUCUCGUGGCCGAACCCACAGAGCACCAAGCUCUUUGACCUCGAAUUCCCUGCCCAAAACUUCGUGAAGCCGGAUUUCAGAUUAGCCACUGAGAAAUUCAAUACCCCUGGGAUUCACGAUGGAGUUUCCGCUUUUUUUGAUAUUGGGAAUAAACUGGGGCAGGUGGGUGUGGAUUUCGGGAACUGCUUGAAUGGGUUCCUGCAACAGUUUUUCAGAGGCUUGCCCAUGCCUUUUCGACAAGAUGAGAGCUCGAUGAUUUCGAUGCCUGUCGAUGUGGUUGCGACAAGGGAGAAGAAUAAAAUGGGUGUGGGCUUACCUGAGGAUGUCGGGGCGAUGAGUGAAAGGUUGCGUGACUUUGGAUUUGUGGAGAGUGAGGAUGGAGUUGAGGGUUCAGUAGAAGAGGAAGUUGCAGGAUUUAAUCUUAGAGCGGCUGGGCACCUUGGCAGACCACAGGGAGUGGUAAAUAUAACAUCUACGUAUGAUAGCAGAACCCGUGAUGUAGAGAGUUCUUUGGUUGCAAGGGGAGAUCUAUGGAGAGUAGAGGCAUCGCAAGGGAGUUCCACCUCUCGAAAUGACAGCUCAUCUCUCUUCCUAGUUCAGCUUGGGCCGGUACUCUUUGUGCGUGAUUCUACACUCCUCCUUCCUGUGCAUUUAUCAAAGCAGCAUUUGCUUUGGUACGGCUAUGAUAGGAAGAAUGGGAUGCAUUCUCUUUGUCCAGCUGUAUGGUCAAAGCACCGGAGGUGGCUCUUGAUGUCAAUGCUUUGUCUCAAUCCUUUAGCUUGUUCAUUUGUGGAUCUGCAGUUCCCGAAUGGGCAAUUAACCUAUGUAUCUGGUGAGGGACUCACCACAAGUGCCUUUGUACCUGUUUGUGGGGGACUUCUUCAGGCUGAGGGUCAAUAUCCUGGGGAAAUGAGAUUUAGCUUCUCUUGCAAGAAUAAAUGGGGAACACGAAUCACCCCAAUGGUACAGUGGCCGGACAAGUCAUUUUCAUUUGGUCUUCAGCAAUCCUUGGCCUGGCAGAGAUCUGGCAUUAUGUUGAGGCCUUCGCUUCAAUUAAGCGUGUGCCCCACUUUUGGCGGAAGCAACCCAGGAGUGCAUACUGAGGUUACACAUUCUGUGAAGGAGAAUCUGAAUCUGAUUUGUGGUUGCGCCUUUGUGACUCAUCCUUCAGCAUUUGCUUCAGUGUCGAUUGGGAGGUCGAAGUGGAAUGGCAAUGUCGGCAGCUCGGGGGUAGUGGUGAGGGUGGACACGCCCCUGUGUAAUGUUGGCCGCCCUUCCUUCUCUGUCCAGAUCAACAGCGGGAUUGAGUUUUGAUCUUUACAUAAUUUUACCAAAGUACAGUUGUUGAAGUGUAUAUAUAGAUGUCUCCAACUGUCCCUUGUGAAUAUAAAGUUCACUCUUUUUUGGUGCAAGUGCCUGAAAUUUUCCGUACGAUGCUUUGUCAAGGUUACAUUAUCAAUCCUACUUGUUUGAAAGUGCA